AUGGUCACCGUAGCUGACACUAGAAGAUCUCCUGCGAAUCUAGUCCUGUUUCGCUCCUUCUCACCACAAAAUUCCGGAAUCAUUAAGAGAGCAGUUGGAUUACCUAGAUCCCGAGAAAAUUCUCAUAUGGAAAGCCGCUCGCUUGCUGCUCCGUUCUACUUCGACUCCUACAACGGACUUUCGGAUGGGGGUCUGGUGGCCAAUAACCCUACUCAGGCAUUGAUAGCGGAUUUCCUUCAAACGACGAGACUGGAGAAGGAGCAUUCUCCAGUUGAAAGAGAAGGCCCAGAUCCAUGUAUGGCCUGUGUUGUAUCAAUUGGCACAGGAUCAAGCCCGGCCGAAAAUACAAAUGGCAUUGAUCUCAACUUCAAUUCGAUCAUUUCGAACAAGAGGAGUCCUCUUCAAAUAGCCCGCGGCUUUAUUACGGUGGUGAAUAAUGCCAAGAACAUGUUUCAAAUUUUAGUGAGAGAGUGCACUUCGUCAAGCGGUCAACCCGUGCGUUAUUCUCGCGAAUGGUGUCACUCACUGGAUGUGCCGUUCUUUCGAUUUUCGCCCAUGAUGCGGACAGGUGUGCAGCUGGACAACACGGACACUGACGUACUUAUCCAAAUGCUUUGGGAGACAGAGUGUUAUAUCCGUGGAGAAGGAAAGUAUGAUCUUGAGCAACUCGCAAAGUUUUUGGAUAUGAAACCACUGUCAACUGAUGUCGACUGCGACCAAAGUAUUAAUGAGAAGACUGACAAGCAACAACUGACUAGCUCCAGAGCUCUUAUCUGA